AACACACACUCGGGCGCGGUUAUCGGAUUGUUGUGUGCACCGGAAGGCGCGAGAACCUUUUUGUGGCCCCGCCACCGUGGGGGUGGGGGAAGAAAUUUCUGGAGACAUCGAAGCUUUUAUCUGGCAAUUCGAGUCGGGGGAACCAAGCCCUAGCGAUCAAAACGAUCUCACUCCUGAUCUGCUCCUAUCUUGAAGAGCUGAAUUAUAGGCAAAUUACUCCUUUUCAUCUGCGGUUCAUGGCGACUUCAUCAACCUCUGUCGCUACAUCUGUGUCUUCGCAAUUCACCAACUUCAACGGUUCCUAUUUCCCCGUGCCUUUUCACCUACAGCAAUCCCUAGCAAUGCAGUAUGCGACACCAUAUGCGGCGGUUUCUGCGGCAUCGCCAGCCGUGCAAAUUUCUCCUGCUUCCCUUUAUCCCUCUCCGGCACCGGUCGCUGGUUUGUAUUCUCUGCCACAGUAUCAGCAGGCGCAACAACUAUUUCAAAGGGAUGCACAGGCAAUUACACCUGAAGCUCUUGAGAGUGUCAAGGCGGCCAUUGCAAAUAGUGAGAUUGAGCAUAAAGCGGAGCCCAAAAAGAAAGCAGUUCCUCGCAAAGCUGCUGGCCAAACAUGGGAGGAUCCCACUCUUGCAGACUGGCCAGAAAAUGAUUAUCGGCUCUUUUGCGGUGAUCUUGGUAAUGAGGUGAAUGAUGAUGUUCUUUCAAAAACAUUUUCUCGAUUUCCUUCCUUUAACAUGGCACGGGUUGUCAGAGACAAGCGGACUGGAAAAACGAAGGGUUAUGGAUUUGUAAGCUUUGCCAAUCCUGCUGACCUUGCUGCUGCUCUCAAAGAAAUGAAUGGUAAAUAUGUUGGAAAUCGGCCAAUUAAGCUUCGCAAGAGUAAGUGGCAGGAGAGGACAGAUUACGAGGCCCUGGAAAAACAGAAGAACCAAACUCAGAAGAAAUCGAAAUUGCCCAGGAAGAGUAUCCUGCACAAAUAAGUUGGCCGGAUUAUGUAAUUCAGGCUUCCGAAAGAAUAAAAAAGCACGGUUCACAAAGUACUGUUUUGUCUUUUCAUAUUUGCUAAAUAUUUUUAUCUACCUUCUGUCCAUGUUUAUAUCCCUGGAAUUUGUGCUGGUCAUGUUCAAACACUGAAAAACGAGGGGAAGAAAUCGUCAGUAAUAAUUUACCGCACGUAUCGUUUUAAA